AUGCCUAGAGAAGAGCACGUGAGCAGCCCAGCUCAAGUUCCACUAGCAGCACUUGCCCAGAGCGGCGGUGAGCAGCAUAGGGAGAACCGCAUGAAUCGCAACUGCGACACAAACGAGCAGGACAAGCCGAAGAGUAACAUGGACUGGUCGGUCAACACAGGGGGCGAGGCGCAAGAUUGGUUCUACACCAGGUCGCCACAUUCAAUAUGGAACUUUAACGAGCUUUCCUUAGCUUUCACGAAGGAAUAUUCGUCCUACCGCUUGAUAAAAAAGAAGUCUGAUCACUUUUUCAACUUGAAGAAAGACUCGGAGGAGUCACUCUGCACUUACGUUAAGAGAUUCAAGGCGGAGAAAGCGAAGAUUGUCGGAUGUGAUGACAGCAUCGCAUGCUCAGCUUUCCGAAAAGGGCUCUCUGCAGAUUACCUACUUUUCGAAGGAUUGAUUAUGGGUGAGAACCUGUCCUUGGCAAACUCUUUUGCUGUGGCAGAAAAGCAGUGCCUUUGGGAUGAAGAAAAACACUCCCAGAAGCCGCCUGAACAGCCGCGCAAAGAAGCGGAACUGACUCAAAAUAAGGUGAGCGAUAAACCGCUCAACAACAAAAAUAAGCUAGAAAACAGAUACAGGGAUUGGUCCCUAGCAAAGGGAGACAUAGCGCCCAAGAUGUACACCAAGUUCUCAGUCUCGAUCAACCAGAUCCUUCGUGACCUCAAGGACAAGCCAUGGUUUAAGCCACUGCCACCCAUAAGGGGCAACUCCUCUAAGAUGGAGCAGACCAAAUACUGCGCAUUCCAUAGAAGUUCUAGGCAUACAACUAAUAAUUGUACCACAUGGAAAAGGUACAUUGAGCAGCUCGUGAAAGAAGGCAAAUGUGACCAGUUUGUCGACAGACCAACUGCCCGGCCAAGACAAGAAGCAGAUGCUGAUGCCGAGCCUCCAGCCAAGACAAUCUAA